AUGGCAAACGCAGACGCUGUCAGAAAUCAAUUUGCGGUUUGGGAGCGGUUGAUGCACAUUAAUGUAAAGGCACACACAGCACUCCGAAGUCUGAAUCAGUUCCCUCGAGGCGAAGAGAGUCAAAAGUUGUUGGAACAGCUUGAUCCCGAAACGAGAUAUCAGCAUUUGCAAGGUAACAAUAUUAAAAUAUGGAUUAUUUGUUUGUUAUUAAGUCGUGAUAGAGAGGAGGGGUAGUGAUAUUUCAAAAAUUAGGAAAAACUAUUAACUAGGAUGGGUUUUUAUAUUCCUGAUUACAAAAAGGAUAGGGAUGAUAUGCCAGAUUAUGAAUUAAGAGGGGUGCUUUGAGAGCUCAGAGCAAGGUUUUGGGAUUAUUUACAUAACUUAAACUAAUUUUAAUGGCUGUGUCCUAUAUAGAGCUGGACUACGUACUUAUCACUUUGCAAAGUUACCAUUAAAAUAGGUAUAAAGUUACAAAUUAUUAUAGAGAAGGCUUCAAAAACAUUUUUUUUAUUAAAAAUAAAAUAUUUAUUUUAAAAUUUUAUUUUUAGUUCGAAAAAACGUCUUCAAAUUGAUUGAAGUCUUACGGAACAUUGAAGGAAAACUGGUGGAGCGGUCGAAAAAAGUGGAGAAGAAGGAGGAAGACGACGAUGAAAUUGUGAGUUCAGAAGACGAAGCGGAUGCUGAAGCCGAGGACAACGAUUCGGACGAAGAAGAAGAUAACGAAGAAGAGGAAGAUGAAGACGUUGUGGAAGAGAAAAAGUGAGUUUUUUGGUGUUUUACUGGUAAGGUUAGAUUCAUGAGGUGUAGGAAAAUAUUGAAUUUAUAUUUACAGGCAUUAAAAAAAUAUGCUAUAGACCAUCAGUAUUUUAAAUUUUUUAACAGAACUUUAAGUGAAAUUUGGCUAUAUCUCUUUGUUUUGCAAUGUUUUUCGUAGAAAAAAAAACGUAAUUUCUUGAAUUUUUUUAAAGUUUUUGAAGCAGAAGAUGUCAUUUUACAAGUUUUAUGAACCAAAAUGAACGGUUUGAGGUUUUGAAGAAGGUCAAUUAUAAUGAAAAGAGCCGGAAACGUGUUUUAAAAGUAUAAAACAUUGAAAAAUAAACGCAAAAACAGAAAAACGAUGACAUAAAGGAAAGAAAAGUGUGAAAAAUAAUCUUUUACAUAUUUACAAUUUAAUGAAUUUUGAAGUUAAUUUUUAUUAUUUUUUACUGGAAAUUUGAUAUAUAUGCUCUGUGCUCCAAUAUUAAUAUACGGCUUUUUAGAAAAUCUUCGAUAAAAACCAAUCCAACAGCACUAAACACACUGGAACGAUCAGUUCAACGUGAAUCCAAAGCCUUCAAACAGAAUCGGAACGCCAUUUUGGAGAAAUGGUUCGAACGAACAAGACUAGCCGUGUCCAAGAAAGCGGCCAAAGACAACUUUGAUGCACUGGAGACUUCGGCUGUUCAUCAAAUUGGAAAGGUGGGAUUUAACGUUGGUAUAUAUUAGGGACGCCUAUUAUAAUGUAUACUUUGACUAAGCCAGGGUAUAAUAUGGUAGAAAGGAGGUAUUUGCCGGCAGGGGCGGGCGGAUAUCUUUAUUUUUUGGGUUAUGUAAAAGUUUUUUUUGUGAAAACGUGAUAAAUGACGUUUUCAGAUUCUGUCGGAUCGUUCUCGUUUAGUCCGCCGAACUCAAUUGAAAAGAGUCAAUACAGACAGGAUAGCUGGCCCAGUAGAUCAACAAUAUGACCCGGAAGUCUUUGAUGACGAUGACUUUUACCAAACUUUGUUGAAGGAAUUUAUCGACCAAAAGUCUACCCAAACUUUGGAUCCAAUUCAGAUUAGUCGGUGAGUUUUGGCUUGUAAAAUAUUGCAGGUUUGGAUAUGAAAGAUAUGUAUUAUGGCUGUAAAAUGUGAUAGAUAUAGUUUUUUUAUAGAAGUUUUUAAUGACUGGUAUCAGUGUUUUGCCGGACCCGUCCGGUCCGGACCAAAAGAAAAUAGAGCCGGACUGGACCGAAGAUAAUUUUUUUUUAUUUUAAUAAAACUGUUUUAAAAAUUGCAAAUAAAACAUAUUUUUAAGAGUUUUUAAACGUAAAAAAGCAGUUUUAGCGCUCUUGGCUUUUUUUAAAAAUAAAAAAUUUUUUCCCGGUCCGGUCCGGCAAAACACUGACUGGUAUAAAGUGUUCAACCUCAUUUUUAUAGUAAUCUUAUGCUUUCUUGGUUUUGUUAUAACCCUCUUAAUUUGUUACAAUCCUUCAAUUUUUGUUUUAGACAAUGGUUAGAGGUCCAAAAGCUACGACAACAGCGCACGAAGAAGCGUCAGGUCGAGAAACACGCUACGAAAGGACGGAAGAUCAGGUACGUCCCUAUUCCAAAAUUAGCCAACUUUUGCCCCGCCGAGCCAGAAAAGAUCAAAUGGAGCCAUGAAAGACGAAAUGAACUUUUCAAGUCUAUCUUCAGAUACUGA